AUGGACGUAGCUGCGGAGUCGGGCAGGAACCCGUUCCUUUGGCUGUCAACUCUAAUCAUGGCCCUGGAUCUCAAUUUUCUCAUCACCUUCUUCUACAACCAGUUCCGGCGCCUGCCGAAACCUGAGAAGGAGUUUGGCGGAAAGACAGUCAUCGUGACAGGCGCUAAUGUCGGCCUGGGCCUCGAGGCAGCGCGCCAUUUCGCCCGGCUCGGCGCCGCCAAAGUCAUACUAGCAUGUCGCGACACUGAGAAGGGCGAGCGUGCCAAGGCCGACAUCGAGCGGUCGAGGGCGAGGAGCGGCAUCGUGGAGGUGUGGCCGCUGGAUCUGUGCAGCUUCGAGAGCGUCAAGCAGUUUUGCCGGCGCGCGGACCAGCUGCCUCGCCUGGACGUGGUCGUCGAGAACGCGGCGGUUGCCAUGGUCGGACCACAGGGGGUGCUGGCGGAGGGAUAUGAGAGCACGAUCACGGUCAAUGUUAUCUCUACGUUCCUGAUGGCUUUGCUGAUUCUGCCGACGCUGAGGCGGACCGCGACAAAAUUCAACGUUCAGCCGAAUCUAGUGAUUGUGUCUUCGGAUGCACACUUCAUGGCAAGUUUCAAGGAACGAACGGCACCGAAGGUAUUCGAGGCCUUCAAGUCAACUACAGUGGCACCUGACAGGUAUCAGACCUCGAAGCUCCUGGACGUCUUCCUUGUGCGGCAGCUGGCACAGGAGAUGUCCAAGCCCACGAGCAACAACAAGGGCGUCAUCCUCAACACCCUGAAUCCGGGCUUCUGCCGGACAGCACUGUUCCGUGAUAACAAGUUCCCUGCGUCCAUUUUCCUGGCGUUCACGAGCCGACUCAUCGGCCGGUCAGCUGAGGCAGGAUCGAGGGUUAUCGUGGACGCUGCGGCUGCUGGGCCAGAAACGCAUGGCAAAUGGCUGGAUACCUUUGAGAUCAGGGAGCCCAGUGCUUAUGUGCGCAGCGAGGAAGGACAAAAGAUGCAGCGGAAGCUUUACGAUGAGCUGAUGGAAACUCUCAACCAAGUCGAGCCGGGCAUAGCGAAAAAUAUCUGA